AUGUGUUGGCAGGGAUAUGCGCACUUCAAGUGCGGCCACACCACACUGCACGAAGACACAUGCGAAUAUGCCGACCAAUUUGAUUUGCCGCUUUGGCAGAAGAUCCAAUGCCCGUACUAUGACAGCGCGAGCAGACGCCCCGAUCUCGAAUGCGGCAUUGGCAAAUUUUACUGUGCAUACACCCACGAUGGCGCAUACCUGGACGACAUUUUCCGACAGAACAAGCAUGUAGAUGAGCGAAUUGCUUAUGUCGAAAACGUCUUGGCAAAGGAGAUCAAUCCAAAGUACGAAGAGAUCGGAAGACGUGCCCUAAGAGGUUGUGGCGGGGACAAGGCUCUCGCGUACCAGCGUAUCGUAUCAGAUCCACAAGCGCUAGGAGCCAUAACUGUCCGAAAGGAAGCCAUGCGGCAGAGAGAUAUGCUCAUGGGCAGGAAGAAGACGGGCGAAGAUACACUCAAUUACGCGCGCCAGUUCUGGUUGCUUCAUUCGCACACCGCUGUCAUGGCUGGGACGCCUGUAGCCAAGCCUCCGCUUCCCCCAAACCUCCGCCGAUUUCCCAAUCCUGUCAACUCUCAAGGAGCUGCACAGCCCGCAGCCCGACCGCCAGCCUUUCCGCAGGCUCCACAAUUCAAGCCACCAGCCGGAAUCAUAGGCCUCUUGAGCGGUGGUAAUGCUUCCAAUCCUGGAGCCGUGCCGUCUCUCCAGCAGCCAGCGCUCAGCGUCUCAGCAGGCACAAAACGAAGCCACGUGGAAGAGCAGAGCUCUAUACCGGAGGUGGCGGCUUUCACGAAACAGCAGAGAUCGUCGAAGAAGAUGAAGGAGGAGGAUGCUGGUCCGGAAUCCACAGCGACCGUGCGUAGGAGCACUCGUGCUACGAAAAAGAAGAUCAACUAUGCUGAAGAUGCUGGAUCGGAAGACUUCUCAUCGCCAAUACGACCAACCUCUCCAAUUAAAUCUGACGCCUCAGCUUUCUCGCCAACUAAGUCGGACGCCUCUGCGAGCUACGUGCCGUCGGCUGUACGAAACUCGGUGAAAGACAGGGUACCGCCAGCGAGGGCGACUCGAGGCCGCAGCUCUCUAGGAGCCAUGAUUAAGGAUUGGUCAAUGACUUCCGCAGGCACGCCAAAUCCAGGUGUGCCGGACUCGCGUCUUGGUACGCCUGAGACUGUCAUUCUGCCAAUGGACGACAGACGCGAAGAUGCGCCAAUCAACAAGUCGGCCCCAGUCGCCAGCCGUGAAGCGAACAGACCAGGGACGUGGCUUGUCAACACUGCGAACGCCGACCCGACACUUUCACCCGGUGUGCUCAGCGAUCCUUCUCAACUCGCGUACGGAGUGCCCCGAGGCCCCAAUCUGCCCCCGAACUUCACCUCCGGGCCUCCCACUCAGCAACCCUUGAUGCAGCCUCCGCUCAACUUCAACAACUAUCCCAACGCAAUUCCCAUGAAUCUCUCGCAUGGACCGGCUACGCCACUGCUCAGAAGCGGCUCCGCUGUGGGAAUGCGCAGCAAUCUGGGAGCUUCACCUCUUGUCCAGUACGAGACGCCUUCCGGAGCCGAGGACCCUACUAAGCGACAGGUCCCUGCUCCCAGCCCAGCACUGCGUCUGUCCCUACCAGGCGAAGGUGGGCCGCAGCUCGGAGUAGAAAUGAACGCCUCCACGCCCUCGAAGCUUCGCAAAGACAGUGUGAUGGCUCCAACGACGCCUCCCGGUGAGCAGCAAUCAGCGCCUCAGGCUGUACCUUCAGACAGUGCCGACCCUGCUUUCACUCUGGGAAACGUCGAACCAUCACAAUCCCAACCAGAAACUUCGUCUAAGCUCCCGCCGCCGCCACCGCCUCAUCCCGAACCAGGCGAUCUUUUCGGCGCUUUCAUUUCGGAGGAGUUGUUCAACGAGCUGUCCUCGGACAUCGAUUGGACCGCUCUCGCUGGAGAUGGCUCGGACUAG